UGCUAUAUUUACAUAGAUUCAUCUGUGAACAACAUUGUAUAAUACGCCAUCGCUGUCAUCGUGUAAUCCCGGGGAAUGGGGAAAUUGGGCCGGAUGUAUUUUAGUCGUUUUCGUGCUUUUGUCGUUGCCGCGCGUUGACACAUUUUUACGGUGAACCUUACAUCUCGACGAAGCUCCCGAUCGACACGCGAACGCCUUUAUUAAGCGAGCGCCACAUUGAGAAGAAAACUACGCGGGAAAAAUGAAAACGAUCUGGGUUAUCGGCGGUCCAGGAUGCGGCAAGGGAACGCAGUGCGACCGUAUGAUCGAAAAGUACGGACUCCUCCACCUGAGCAGCGGUGAUUUGUUGCGAGCGGAAGUGGCCAGUGGUAGCGAGAGGGGAGCGUCCCUACAGGACCUAAUGUCCAAAGGAUUGUUCGUGCCAACGGAUAUUGUGCUGGAGCUUAUAAAGGAAAAGAUGGAGAAAGCUCGUGCAGAAGGCGUUACAAAGACUGGAUUUCUCAUUGACGGAUAUCCCCGUGAGAAGGAUCAGGGUAUUCUGUUUGAGCAAAAUGUUUGCCCCGUCGAUUUAAUUCUUUUCUUCGAUGUGGCAAAUGAGACCUUGAAAAAAAGACUUCUGGGACGUGCCGCUGUAUCUCAAAGGGCGGACGAUAACGAAGAGACAAUCAAAAAGAGGAUCGAGAUAUUUAACACAAAGAACAAUGAGAUUGUGGAGCAUUACAAAGACAAAGUUGUUAGAAUCAAUGCAGAAGGAACAGUGGAUGAAAUUUUCGCCGAAGUGACGAAAGCGCUGGACGCUCUAUUAGCUUAAAUAAAUU